CGGACCCUGCGGUGGACGCGGCCCCAAUGUGAGGCGGCGGCGGCGGCAGCGCCCCCCUGGCCCGAGCGAGCGCGCACGAUGGGGGCCCCGCUCGCCGUGGCGCUGGGCGCCCUCCACUACCUGGCACUUUUCCUGCAACUCGGCGGUGCCACGCGGCCCGCCGGCCAUGCGCCCUGGGACAACCACGUCUCCGGUCACGCCCUGUUCACAGAGACGCCCCACGACAUGACGGCACGGACAGGUGAGGACGUGGAGAUGGCCUGCUCCUUCCGCGGCAGUGGUUCCCCCUCCUACUCUCUGGAGAUCCAGUGGUGGUACGAGCGUGGCCACAGGGACUGGACCGACAAGCAGGCUUGGGCCUCCAACCAGCUAAAAGCAUCUCUGCAGGAAGACGCGGGGAAGGACGCCACCAAAAUCAGUGUGGUCAAGGUGGUGGGCAGCAACAUCUCCCACAAGCUGCGCCUGUCCAGGGUGAAGCCCACGGACGAAGGCACCUAUGAGUGCCGGGUCAUCGACUUCAGCGACGGCAAGGCCCGGCACCACAAGGUCAAGGCUUACCUGCGGGUGCAGCCCGGCGAGAACUCAGUCCUGCAGCUGCCCGAAGUUCCCCCCGCCGCGCCCGCGCCACCGCCGCCCAAGCCGGGCAAGGAGCUGCGGAAGCGCUCGGUGGACGAGGAGGCCUGCAGCCUCUAGACUUGCUCCCCGCGCCGCUGGACCCCGGGGACAGGACUGCCGGGCUCCAGCCGCCCCCCGCCCCGGCCCGCGG